UGCAAACCAUCUCGCCUCCUGGCCGGUGAUGGAUUCGCUGCUGUCCCUGCAGACAUCCAGGCACACACACAGAGCACUGGGAAGUACACAUGGACUGUACUGCUCGCCGACUGCCUUGAAGAAACUGUAGCUAACCACCUUAUUAGUAUUCCUGCCUCCACCGUGUCUCACUUGCAGCAGCAGAGGGCUGAGCAAAAUGCAGUAGAGCAGGGACAGACACAGCUCUGGCAGUCAUCUCAAUGCAGGCUGCCGAAUGUUGGGGGUGGAGGAUGCAGCACAUCAAGAUGAAUAACCUUGCCAUAAUCCGGGGCACCCAGCAAGCAGACACCUCUGCUGAUUGACCCGCUCCUGGCUUGAUAAAUCUGCCUGGGGGAGAGGGAUCCGGAAUCUACCUGGUCCUGGGGGGCCCCCCAUUGAUUUUGGAUGCUCUUUUGAUCCUACACCGAUCUGGGAAGGUAGCAGUGAGCCGUACCAUCUGCAGCACUCAGCAGCUAUUGGAGGUUACCACUGACAGUUUCAUCACACGGGUCUGUGUGAGUGUGUGCGUGUUUGUGCGUGUUUGUGAGUGUGGGUGCCUGCUUUUGCGUGAAAGAGAACGUGUGAGUGUCCAAGAGUGUGUGUGUUUGUGUGACAGCCAAAGCAGGUACAUCGUACUGUAGGUUUUAACAGCGUGAAAAUUUUCUCUGGGUACUUGGGCUCCCGGCCCAAAGCCCCUCAGCUUUCACCACCCCCUUCCUUCCCCACUCCCUUCUUCUUUUUGCCUUUGAUGAGUUUUUGGCUUACUUUUUGGCGGAGUCUCUUGGACACGUUUUUUGCUGGUGCUGGAAGAUCAGAUCAAUGGAACCUUUGAAAACUGAUUAUUUUUCUCCUGUGUGACUUUAAAAAAGAAGAAGAAGAAAAGAAAAGAAAGUAGUGCAAGAUAAAUAGAGGAUUUUAAAUUUGCCUGGUGAACUUUGAGGAUCCAUAAAGAAGAAACCAAAUGAAGUAUUUACUGUCAUUAUCCCUAUUUGAUGAAGAGGAUACUGAGGCUCACAGAGAAUUAACAACUUGUCCAAGAUCAUCUGAUGUCGAGUAAUCAAGAGUGAAUGACCUGAAAGCACACACACCAGCUGGGACCAGCCUUUGAUUGAGGGGAAAACGUACAGAGACAGAGCGGUAGCAGAAAUGGUUCUCUGUAUUGUGAGGCUGCAAGAUCACCCAGGGAGAGUGGGACCAAACAGACCAGAACGUCUGACACACUGAAUGAGUUACUGGAAAAGCAGAGAUAAACUAUGUAGAUUAACAAUAUGGAAACAUCCUGAAACCACUUUGGAGUCUCAGUAAAUUGACUGGAUUCAAGUUUCACAAACAGGGAAACUGGCCCAUGGACAAUUUGCUACAGCUGGAGAACACAGUUCUGCUUGUCAACCACCAGUGUUCCAUGCGAGCAUAGUUCUGAAUCACAACCUAGAAGUGAGAACGGAAAGAAGCCCUACUUAAGGGUAUAAAAGAAACGUUAUCUACAGAAAUCCAGAACACUUCUCUAACCUCUUUGGAUUUUCUCGGGAAGAUCAGCACCGGUUGAGACAUUUUGAUAAGAAGGAGGCCUUGAAAGGAGGUGGAUCUGUGGACCUAUCGUGUUUUCCUGGGAAUGGGGCUGAGCUGUGACUCCAAUUGUCCUAGUUUAUAAGUGAUGACAUCUCUUGCCUGUUGCUGAACUUACUGAGGACUACAGCCCAGGAACCAGCCUCUCCGAUAGCUCUGAGGAACUCUUCCAAAGAGUCAAAUAUAAUUCCCUGCUGCUCCUGGGCUUCUGGACAGCUACUAAGAUCACAUCUCUGCUCCUUCCUUUUCCUUCCCCUUUGAUCAAAAACACUUUAUUCUGCAAUAAUAAUAACUGGAAUAAAAUGUGUUAUAUCCACACAAUGGAAAAUUAUUUGGCAAUCAACAGGAAUGAAAUUCUGGUAUAUCCUAUGACAUGGAUGAAACUUGAAAACACUAUGUUGAAUGAAAGAAACCAGACACAAAAGAUGACAUAUGGAGAUUCACAGAAGAGGCACUGUUUAUUGAGAUGAGAAAUUUGGGAGAGGUCAUUACACAGGUGCCCAAUCCAUGAUAAGCCAGUUGAGUGGGGUUUAUACUGAGUAACACAAGCGUUGGAAUUCCUCUUUGUGCCAGAAGAGUUGCAGGAAAUUAUUAGAACUCCAGAAGGACCAACACCAGAUAAAUUAUGAAUGUUGAACAAGAUGACCUUACAUCCACAGCAGAUAAUGAUAGGUCCUAGGUUUAACAGGGCCUUAUUUGACCCCCUGCUUGUGGUGCUGCUGGCUCUUCAACUUCUUGUGGUGGCUGGUCUGGUGCGGGCUCAAACCUGCCCUUCCGUCUGCUCCUGCAGCAACCAGUUCAGCAAGGUGAUUUGCGUUCGGAAAAACCUACGUGAGGUUCCAGAUGGCAUCUCCACCAACACCCGGCUGCUGAACCUCCAUGAGAACCAAAUCCAGAUCAUUAAAGUGAAUAGCUUCAAACACUUGAGGCACCUGGAAAUCCUACAGUUGAGUAGGAAUCAUAUCAGAACAAUUGAAAUUGGGGCCUUCAAUGGUCUGGCAAACCUCAACACCCUGGAACUCUUUGACAAUCGUCUUACGACCAUCCCAAAUGGAGCUUUUGUAUAUUUGUCUAAACUGAAGGAGCUCUGGUUGCGAAACAACCCCAUCGAAAGCAUCCCUUCUUAUGCUUUUAACAGAAUCCCUUCUUUGCGCCGACUAGACUUAGGGGAAUUAAAAAGGCUUUCGUAUAUCUCAGAAGGUGCCUUUGAAGGUCUGUCCAACUUGAGGUAUUUGAACCUUGCCAUGUGCAACCUCCGAGAAAUCCCUAACCUCACGCCGCUCAUAAAACUAGAUGAGCUGGAUCUUUCUGGGAAUCAUCUGUCUGCCAUCAGGCCUGGCUCUUUCCAGGGGUUGAUGCACCUUCAAAAACUGUGGAUGAUACAGUCCCAGAUUCAAGUGAUUGAACGGAAUGCCUUUGAUAACCUUCAGUCACUGGUGGAGAUCAACCUGGCACACAACAAUCUAACAUUACUGCCUCAUGACCUCUUCACACCCUUGCAUCAUCUAGAACGGAUACACUUACAUCACAACCCCUGGAACUGUAACUGUGACAUACUGUGGCUCAGCUGGUGGAUAAAAGACAUGGCCCCCUCCAACACAGCUUGCUGUGCCCGGUGUAACACGCCUCCCAAUCUGAAAGGGAGGUACAUUGGGGAGCUUGACCAGAAUUAUUUCACAUGCUAUGCUCCUGUCAUUGUGGAGCCCCCAGCAGACCUCAAUGUCACUGAAGGCAUGGCAGCUGAGCUGAAAUGUCGGGCCUCCACGUCCCUGACUUCUGUAUCUUGGAUUACUCCAAACGGAACAGUCAUGACACACGGGGCGUACAAAGUGCGGAUAGCCGUGCUCAGCGAUGGGACGUUAAACUUCACGAAUGUAACUGUGCAAGAUACAGGCAUGUACACAUGUAUGGUGAGUAAUUCUGUUGGAAAUACCACUGCUUCGGCCACCCUGAAUGUUACUGCAGCAAACACUACUCCCUUCUCGUACUUUUCAACCGUCACAGUAGAGACUAUGGAACCUUCUCAGGAUGAGGCAAGGACCACAGAUAACAAUGUGGGUCCCACUCCGGUGAUCGACUGGGAGACCACCAACGUGACCACCUCUCUCACGCCACAGAGCACAAGGUCAACAGAAAAAACUUUCACCAUCCCCGUGACUGAUAUAAACAGUGGGAUCCCAGGAAUCGAUGAAGUCAUGAAGACUACCAAAAUCAUCAUUGGCUGUUUUGUGGCCAUCACACUCAUGGCUGCAGUGAUGCUGGUCAUUUUCUACAAGAUGAGGAAGCAGCACCAUCGGCAAAACCAUCAUGCCCCAACGAGGACUGUUGAAAUCAUUAAUGUGGAUGAUGAGAUUACAGGAGACACACCCAUGGAAAGCCACCUGCCCAUGCCUGCUAUUGAGCAUGAGCACCUAAACCACUACAACUCUUACAAAUCUCCCUUCAACCACACAACAACAGUUAACACAAUAAAUUCAAUACACAGUUCAGUGCAUGAACCGUUAUUGAUCCGAAUGAACUCUAAAGACAAUGUCCAAGAGACUCAAAUCUAAAACAUUUACAGUUAUGAAAAACAAACAAUCACAAAAAAAAGACAGUUUAUUAAAAAUGACACAAAUGACUGGGCUAAAUCUACUGUUUCAAAAAAGUGUCUUUACAAAAAAAAAACAAAAAAGAAAAGAAAUUUAUUUAUUAAAAAUUCUAUUGUGAUCUAAAGCAGACAAAAUUAUGUGUAUUCCUCAGAACCUGUUUUUGCUGCACUUAUUUACUAUUUUCCCACAUCUUGUCCCUGCCUUUCCCAAUCGCCAUAUUUUUCAUAGGAGAUCUCAAUUCCCUAAAGAACUGGUCUAGGAAAUUUUGUAAGAAUUCUGUUACACUUUGAGAUUUUUAUGGUGAAUUCUAGUGGUGAGAUCCAGUCUCUUUUGUCUUUCUUUUUUUUCCUCUGUCUUUUCUUUUCCCCCUCUCAUGCCCUUAUGAAGUAGUCCAAUGGGGAAUGCAAUAUUAGAAAUAGAUUUUUAAGAGAGAACAAGGAAAAAAUGCAAGAUCUUAUAUUUUUCAUGUAACGACCUGUUCUGUAUUUAUGAGGAGGACCAUACAAUGGAAAACAAAAAGUAAGCAAACAAUAGAUUAAUUUACAUAUGAGCAUCUAUAAAACCCAUGAUCUUUUAAACAAAUCUAGAACCCGAAUUUGUAGAUCAAAAGCUAAAAAUAAGAUUAUAAAUAAAAUAUUGUUGUUUUUUCUGUACCUGGACACAACUCAUUUGUAGUAUGGCUCAAAUGUGAGAAACGAAGGUAAUUAGAUUUCCUACUUUCUAAGAAAGAUAAUAUUAUAGUAAUCUCCAAUCACAGCACCAAUCUCUACAGGGUCCUGUUUCAAUGGAUGACUUGAGUUUUUGAUCUAUAUUCAAGGAUGCUGUGGUGUUUUUUCCUUCUCAUUAGGGUCACCCUUUGUAGAAUGCUCAGAUUAAAAAAUGAUGAUUUUGUGAAGUAAAUUCAAUUCCACUUGAAAGAAAGUUUCAGUAUAAUUUAUUCUCUGUCUCCUAAAUAAAAUUCUGCUGGCUAAAUGAAGUGCAACCACAGAAUGCAAAGGUACACUAAAUUAUCCAAGUUGAAAAAUCGUUUUUGGUGCUGAGUGUGAGCAAACUCAGUUCAAUUCAACAAUAAUUAUUAAAGACCUACUAUGUGUUAAACAGUGAUGUUAGUGUGUGGACACACUAUUAACAAGACCUGGUUUCUGAUUUUGAAUCACUCACAAUCUAUAUAAUAUGAUUAAAGAAAUAUCAGUUUAUUACUGGGGGCUAGCUUUAAUUUUACUGUUAGGUGGAAGGCUGAAAAUCAGGACCUUAGAGUUUCAAAAUAUCAGGUUACUGUUAUUACUAAAACCUCCUCAUGGUUUCUUCCAUCCUUCUGGAAGAGCUGACUCUCUUCUUCCAAAUGCAGAUUGUAGGGCUGUAAAGAAGUGUAUGGAUUUGUUGUGACAGAUGGAUGCUUACCAAGAGGUAGCAAGGCUAAUACACUGGUAAUUCACUAAAGGUACUUCAAGGAACUGGAGGAAUUUUUUGGUAUGAAACAUACACUAGCUUCCAAGUUAAAAAGGAACUUUCUGGUUACUGGCACCUCAGCACUCUUCUGAUAUUUUAAUAUAGUAUGUGUCUGACUUCUGUCUUUAUCUAUGUGAAGCAUAGUAAAAAUAUACAUCUCUUAUUACUGGCCCUUGAAAACUGCCACCUCAUUGGUGAGACAAGAGUUGACUAAGCUAGGGAAAACUUCAGCUCCUGAUGAAUGAGCAGCUCGGAUACUCACACAUAACUCCGCAGGCUGGACCUCACACCAGGGUUUUGUGAUCUCCAGGUGUAAAAAACCAAUCAUUACUAGCAAAAUAGGUCAGAGAACUGGGAGGAAGAGAUAGCAAAUGAAUGAGACCACACGAGGAUCUUGCCUCUAUUUUUUGAUCACCAUUUUUUAGGGGCUUUUUUCUCCCUCAUUUCCUACCUCCCUUUGUUAAGAACACAGUUCACAUUUGCUUUUACUGUGGAGAAGACUCAAGAAAAGGGAAAACCCAUGCUGGCUGUCAUUUGUCAAGCUAUUCAAUAUUGAAUGUACUUAAUAUAUUUCUAAGCUGUAGAUCAGCUUAGAAACCAACCAACCAAACAACUCACCAAGGAAUAUCUAGUGCUAAUGCAAAGAAGACUGGUAUAAAUCCAUAAGGGAAAGAAUCCUGCCUUCUCUACUUGGUUUGUGUUCUCCAAGCUCUGUCUUUGCUGAUUGGAAGCCUUCUUUCAUUUGAACUUAUAAUUCUUAAGGAGUUAGCUCCAGCACACAAUUCCUUUCAACUGUGAGGGGUGGUUGAGCAGUUAGAUAAAUUCUACCAGAAUGAAAGGUGAACUUGAACUAAAAAUUUAGGUAAGAAAGUCAAGCAUACAAUUCAGUCCUGUAAGAGAUUAUAGUUGCCCUAAUGAAUACAUAUUGGAAAUUAUUUUUAAAACUAUACAUAUAUUGAUGAAAAAUUGGUUAAGCCAGACUUGACUUUUACAGUCAAUUUAGAAAUCCUUUUGACAAAAGUUCCUCACUACAGGUUUUGGGGAUGAAAGGUAUAGUGUUAUAAUUGUAUCAUUUAAAGGACACUAAAACGAAUUCUAAAUGUGUAUGAUUAGCAGUGUCUGUAUUUGCUCUCAAUCAUGUACUUGGCUUUGGGUGCCUCAAUGAGGUAGCUGCACUAAUUAGAGUCCAUCACACAAAGUGGACUUCCUCGGUACAGCAGAAAGCCCAUGUGACUAUUUAAAUAUCUGGUCUAUCCUUGUAGCAAAACACAUUUCUAUUUCUGUCGCUCUUUUUAUUCUAAACAAAGGCAACCAAGUGGCAGUAUUCUUAAAUACUCAUGUGCAUCAAAAAUAUGCCAUUUACAAUUAACCAAGUUAAAAUAACCUAAUGACAAUUUUAGUAUGUAUAUAUAUAUUUCCUACUAAACUUACGCAGUUUACUUUGGGAAAACAUCAAAGAAUGCUUUAGAAAGAAGCUUCUCCAACAGUUUUUUGUAUUCCAGAAUCUUACUCUUUUAUACCUGGCUAUCACCUCAAUCUCCUAAAUUCUUUUGAAAAUGUCCAAACACAUCUGUGGUGACAAAAUAUUAGAAGAAUUUGGUAUAAUUCAUACACAUAGGCCCUGAUAUAGCUUUAAUCAUUUUCUCUCAUAUUCUGAAUAUUCUGGAAUCAAAUAUCAUCUUUUUCAAAGAUUGAAAUAGGUAAUUAGAACUUUAGAUUGGAACAUUGAUCAAUGCUUUUUUUGAGGAAGAAAAUGUUGCUAGUCCGUGAUUGGUUUUAGGCCUUAUAAUCAAAGAGUUAAAAAUCAGGAUAUUAUUUAAAACCUACCUACUAUGAAAUUCUGAAUAUAGAUCUGUUGGGAAAUAACUUGACAAUAGAAGGGUUAUUUACAUGGGAGAAAGAAAAGGAAAGAAACAUUUAUAGAACAGGAUUUACUGAAACAUGAAAAAAAAUAAUUAAGUGGAUGGCCCCAAGUUAUCCAACAUUUCCAAGGUAAAUAUUGAUCAAGGUGAAAGAAAAACACAAAAAAACCUGAAUAUUUUAUCCUCUUGGGAUAAUCUUCAACAUACUUACAUAAAUAAAAGAUUCAGAUGAGUGCU